GGUUUGGCUGCGCUGCAGAGCGCGCGCGCGUCUGUCUCUCGCGCUCUGGUCAUUGUUACAAAUUGUCGCACCUAGACGGCGACCUAGAGCUCGAGUCUGCUAAAAAACAACAACAUUUCAGCCUCUUUUCCUCCUGGCCAAAAUGCCUGAGCACGUUUGAGUGACCAUGGAGCGCGUUUGCCGUCAUGUAGUGAAACGUUGACACACGGAGGAUUUAUCUCGGAGGAAUGAAAGUUUAAAGAGCACUGGAGGAGGACAACAUGGCUGUGCGGGAGGAAGGAGAGGGUUUGCACAGUAAAAGCAGACAGCACGAUGGUGUUGGUGGCAAUGCAAACAGCGCGGAGAGCCUCAGGAACGGCUAUGUGAAGAGCUGCGUCACUCCGUUAAGACAAGACCAUCCGAGGGGCUUUUUGUUCAACGUCUGUAGGUUUUGCAAUGAGGAUAUCCUCAAGUCCAAACUAUUCCGCGGCUCGGCUGUCUACGUGGGAGCGCUGGCAGUUCUGGCGCUCUCCUGCUUCAUUUCUUGGAGCUUUCAGAGUGAACACGGCGUCUCGGAGCUGCGGACUUUACUCUUUGAUUUCUCCCAGUCCAUCAGUCCUUUAUUCAGCAUCGGCUGCGCGUAUUUCUUCCUCACCCUCUACCUGAGGCGGACGAAGAGGGAAAGCAGCAGAUGUUGGCUUUUGUCCUUACCAGCGUCAUGCUACUUGGGGGAUUUGAUGGUCUUGCGCUUGUUGCAGUGGGGAGAGGAGCACCAUCAGAUGCAAAUGAUGGGCAGGUUGCUGUUUGUGCUGGGCUGCGUGGGUCUGCUCACUCUCAUCCCCACUCUCAAACUCAAACACAGCGUCCUGAUCCUGGUCUUCGCCAGCAUGGUGUGGCUGCUGUCCUUCACCAGCCUCGUCUGCCUGUCUCCGUCCCUCAGGCCGGUGCUGGCGUGUUUGGCGGGGGUCUCCGGCACUCUGCUGGCGCUUUGUUUUGAUCACUAUUACCCACCGAGGGAGACGGCCGGCAGGAUUCCUAACGCGGAGGAGAAAGUUCCCGUCAUCAGACCCAGAAGAAGGUCAAGCUGUGUUUCUUUGGGAGAGACGUCCAGCAGUUAUUAUGGCAGUUGUAAGAUGCCCCGCAGACCUUCUCUGCCCUGUAUAUCCAGAGAACAGAUGAUCCUGUGGGACUGGGACCUGAAACAAUGGUACAAGCCACAAUAUCAGGGUGCAGUGAGUGGGAGCGGCGUGGAUCUCUCUGUGAUAAACGAGGCCAGGAACCUGGUCUCAGACCUGCUGAUGGACCUGUCUCUCUCACCCCAUGUCCUCUCCUCACUGCGCAGUGUCAGCAGCCUCAUGGGAGCUUUCUCUGGGUCCUGCCGGCCCCGGGUCAACCCCUUCACCCCCUUCCCCGGUUUCUACCCCUGCGCUGAGAUAGAAGACCCCUCAGAGAGAGGAGAGAGAAAGCCACUGAAGGGUCUGAGCAGCAGGAACAGUCUCCCUACCCCUCAGCUGAGGCGCAGUUCAGCCUCUUCCUCUCUGCCCCCACUGGAGUCUGCCUCCUCACGCUGGGAACGCACCAAUGGAAAGAGAUCUCACUCUGAGCUCAGCAGGUCAGACCUCUCAAACUAUCUGUCAGAUGCUGGUUUGAGAAUCCCUAAAGAAACAUCAUCUAAUGCAAAUUUGACUUAUGGCCACACUCUACCCAGAAGACCAGGUGCUUCUCCCAGCCUAAGUCCUGUCAGCUCCCCGAGUCACAGUCCCCCUGCUGCUCCCGGAUCCUCUCUGGUCACACGCUCUCCAGUGGAGUUCCCCGACACCGCCGAUUUUCUUACCAAGCCCAGCGUAAACCUGCACAAACCACUGGGCUACACGCUAAGCUCACCUGAUUUCCAGCAACAGUAUCGAGGUCUUGCCUCAGCCCCCUUGUGCACCAGUUGUGGCCGACAGAUGCUGAAAGGUGUGGCCAGCAUAGAGGUGGGUGAGGGCCAUCACACAACAGCCAAUGAGAUGCAAAGAACACGCUCAGCUGAAGGAGCAGAGUAUGGUGGGGAAAACUUGAUCCGAGAGGAGAGCUUGGAGGCAGAGUCUCAGGAGGAGAGGACUCCAGACACAGUGGGUGAAAAACUAAAUAGCCAGCCUGAGGAAGAGGAACAGACCUCCAGUACAGAGCAGUCCUCAUUGGAUCCUGAGGGAGACGAGGAGCUCAGGUUGGACUCUAUGCUGGUGGACCAUGAAGCACUCAUGGAAAAGAUCAACACCUGGAACUUCCAGAUCUUUGAGCUGAUGGAUAUGACAGGAGGAAAGACUGGCAGUAUUCUCAGCUAUGUGGCGUACACUUUGUUCCAGGACACGGGUCUGUUAGAAAUCUUCAAAAUCCCUGUGCGGGAAUUCAUGACGUACUUUUGCGCUCUGGAAAACGGCUAUCGUGAUAUCCCCUAUCACAACCGUGUCCAUGCCACUGACGUCCUUCAUGCAGUGUGGUAUCUUACCACCCGGCCAAUCCCAGGCUUUCAGCAGAUCCAUAAUGAGCAUGUCACGGGAAGUGAUACAGAUUCGGACAGUGGAAUUUCCCCAGGCCGGGUGGCAUAUGCCACAUCCAAAAGUUCCUCAUUCUCGGAUGACAGUUACGGCUGUCUGGCCUGGAAUAUCCCUGCGCUGGAACUCAUGGCACUAUAUGUAGCAGCUGCUAUGCAUGACUAUGAUCACCCUGGUCGCACAAAUGCCUUUCUUGUAGCCACUAACGCUCCUCAGGCGGUGCUGUAUAAUGACCGUUCAGUUUUGGAGAACCACCAUGCAGCCUCUGCCUGGAGCCUGUUUCUUUCCCAGCCGGAGUUCAACUUCCUAUGCAGUUUGGACCACGUUGAGUUUAAGCGCUUUCGCUUCCUAGUCAUCGAAGCCAUUCUCGCAACAGACCUGAAGAAGCACUUUGACUUUCUAGCAGAGUUUAAUUCCAAGGUUAAUGAUGUGAAUAGUCCAGGCAUCGACUGGACUAAUGAAAAUGACAGGUUGUUAGUGUGCCAAGUGUGCAUUAAGCUGGCAGAUAUUAAUGGGCCAGCCAAAGACCGCAGCCUUCACCUCAAAUGGACAGAGGGUAUCGUAAAUGAGUUUUAUGAGCAGGGUGAUGAAGAAGCCACUCUAGGAUUACCCAUCAGUCCUUUCAUGGAUCGCUCAGCACCACAGUUAGCAAAGCUGCAGGAGUCUUUUAUCACACACAUUGUCGGGCCUCUUUGUAACUCCUAUGAUGCUGCCGGCCUGCUGCCAGGAUACUGGAUUGAUGAGGAGGGAUCAGACGAUGAAGAAGAGACGGAAGACUUUGAAACGGAAGAUGAGGAGCUGGACGAGGAUCUUGAACCAAAGAGGAGGAAGGGUCAACGUCGGCUAUUCUGCAGCAUCAUGCAGCACUUAACAGAGAACCACAAGGUGUGGAAGAAGACCAUCGAAGAAGAGGAGAAGGCCAAAGAGCUGGAGACUCAGCAGCAGCAGCAAUCCGAGAGCCCCAGCCUUCCUCCGUCCACCUCCUCCUCCGAUGACAUCCAGGUCAUUCAAGAGGAGGCCGAGGAGGAGGAACGGCAGUAGCAAGAGGAGAAGAUCAAGAAAUGAAGCUCACUGAAGGGCUUAAACAGAGCAAGAACUCUAGGCAUUCCACUAGAAUAAUGAGGGGAGGACGGGGAGGUGGAGAUGAACCCGGGUCUCUUUCUCUCUCGGUCUGCUUCACCUCAACAAAAACUCAUUUUGUCUCUGUAGAGGAAAGUUCUCAAGUAGGCAAUGUAAAUCAAACUAGUAUAUUUAAGAGUAAAAAAAAAUGUAAAUGUGCACAUUUUACUACCAAACAAGUGUUUAACCUCUGCAUAGAAAGAAUACUUGCAUAUAUAAAUAUAUAUAUAAUAUUAUAUAUUUUUUAAUUAAUCAACAAUGCAUCUGUUUUCUACAUACAGCUGACAUAUAUUGUACAUUGAGACCAUGUAAUUAUCAUCUUGUUUCAGGAGUUUU